GUCUCUUGCAGUCGCAGGGAGGCGAGGUGCGGGGAAUAUCAUCACCCGGUCGCCUCAUUCGAGGGUGCUUUUCCUCAUCCCCGUUUUUCUCCCACCAUGACCACCACGACCACCUUCAAGGGGAUGGAUCCCAGCGGCCGGAGCAGCUCCAGAGUUCUUCGCCCUCCAGGUGGUGGUUCCAAUUUCUCUUUGGGAUUUGAUGAACCAAAAGACCAACCAGUGCGAAAGAACAGGAUGGCAUCCGAUAUCUUUGGGACUGCAGAAGAGAAUCCACCUUCCUGGGCUAGGUCAACAGCAACCAAAUCCAGUGAUGUCAAUGAAAGUUCUGAAGCACCUGGAUCCCAAAGAAGAAAAUCUUCUGAUGCAAACUGUGGAGACUAUGUAGAUCCAAAGGCUGGAGAAGUCGAGGUUCCUGAAAACAUCGAAGCUGAAAUAGAAACUGCUUCAGGCCCGAGUGAAGAAAAGCCCCUGCCGGCUGCACCUGUUCCUAGCCCAGUAGCCCCUGCACCUUCUAGGAGAAAUCCACCUGGUGGGAAGUCAAGCCUAGUCCUUGGUUAAACUUCUUCCUCUUUGUUCCUAACUACUUUGAACUCAUGUCUGUCAUCUUUUUCUUUUCCCUUCCAUGCUUGUGAACUGCACAACUUGAGCCUGACUGUACAUCUCGAAACUAUCAUUAAAGGAAGCACUUUAUGUACUUCGUUUUUAAAGGAUUUUUUUCAACUUUGUUUUUGUCUCCCUUGGGUCUACUGGAAGUGGUAUGUGUGAUCUCUCCCCCCCCCCCCCAGUGGUAGACUUAGAACAGUGGUAUUUGCUAUACAGCCCAUGGCUGACGGAAAGAUUUCCAAGAUAUAUAGUAGUGUGUAUCAUAAACUAGACUGGUUGGUUCUGUGUGUGCGCUAGGUGGCAUUUUUGUCCUGAAACUUGUAGAAACCCCUUAGUUGGCUUAGAAGGAUUGAAAGUCAGGGUUGUACAGAUGUGGGGGUUUCUUCCCUACCCAUCUUGGCCACACACUGGUUGUUUAUCCACGGUAUCCUUCAAUAACUGCCAAGCGUCUCUUGUGCAUUACAGAACAGAUACGUGGUGCUAAUAACUACCAUGCUGCCUUCAACUAAUGGAAUCUUGAUUCAGCCUUGGUAAGAUGGGGCCAGUGCCAAAUACAGUGAUGUGAGCCGGCUGUUCUUUUGCUCGGGUAUCAGACCCUUUCAUUCUUUUUUUUUUUAAAAGAAGGUGGAACAAAUCUUACGAAAGUGAGUAUUGGAUGGGAAACUCAUUCUGGUCCAAACAACUCCAGUGCUAUGCAUGAUCAUGCAGGUGCUUGACCGUGAGGUUACGAUUUCAUCUUUCUAAAUGUGUGUUGUAAUUUGACAAAACUGGGCUGUUGCUUAAAAAUAAAGGAUAUUGAAAUUUUGAA